UCCAUCCAAUAGCCGGCGUGUCACGUGCGAAAAUAUUUUGACCUCAUUAUUUUUCUUCCCCCUGUUUCCAUGCCGCCAGUGAGACGAGAACUCGCGAAAGAUUGGCCAAUCCACAGAGGAACGGCGACGGUCGAUACCACUGCACGCCGCUAGAGAGCACUGCAGCCAUACAACCAUCCCCACACAUCCCACUCCAUUUCCAUUUUCCUAAGGGCUUCCGUGAUUCUUCCGGUUUCGUGUUCCGCCCCCCCAUUCCAGUAGCGCUAAAGCUGAUAUGGCGGCAAUGUUUACGUGCUGUUUGGGUUGCUGUUGUGGUGAUGGAGGAUCCGAUCCUAAACCUCUUAAAGAAAUGCCCAGCGUUCAGCUGGACACGCAGCACAUGGGCGCGGAUGUGGUGGUGGUGAAGAGCGGGAGGCGGAUCUGUGGGAGCGGAGCAUGCCUCGCCAACGCCCCUCUCCACCAGAACAAGAGCUACUUCGAGUUCAAGGUCCAGUCCACGGGUGUGUGGGGAGUCGGAGUGGCCACUCAGAGGGUGAAUCUAAACCAGAUACCUUUGGGUCGAGACAGUCACAGUUUGGUACUCAGACAUGAUGGAUCUGUUUAUCACAACAAUGAAGAGAAGAACUGCCUCCCAGCUAACAGUGUGCCUCAGGAGGGAGAUGUUGUGGGAUUAACCUAUGACCAUGUGGAAUUAAACUUGUAUCUGAAUGGAAAGAACAUGCAGUGCCCAGCCUCUGGCAUUCGAGGGACUGUUUUCCCUGUAGUUUACGUGGAUGAGAAUGCUAUCUUAGACUGCCAGUUCAGCGACUUCUACCACACACCUCCUCAAGGCUUUGAGAAGAUCCUGUUUGAACAGCAGAUCUUUUGAGCCUUCUGCCACACAUGCACUUGCACAGAGGCCGUCCUCAGGGCUUUAAGGAAAGUGCUAAUGGCCCUUUAAUGGGGGUGUCACUGCUAUGUCUUAUUGGUUAUGCCUUCUCUGUUGCUGCUGCCAUAGUCCAUAGGAGACAAGCCAGGUGUUUGUACUGUACUGUAUGUGAGAAGAGAUCUUUAAGCAUCAGUGCACAUAGUCAGCUAUAUGCAUGAAUGUCUAAUUUAGUUGUGUGUGUGUUUUUUUUUUUCCAUUUAAUAUAACAAGUAUUACAAAUUUGACCCUCAUUAUCUGGUAUUGGGUGUUGUAGUAUAGCGUCACAAGUCCAGUCUCUGGGGUUUGACCCUGAGUUCCGGUUAUUGUUUAUUUGAAAUUUCACCAGACUCACUGGUUUAUCUGAUUUGUUCAUAUGUGUUUCAUCGACAAUGUAUUGCUAAAUAGCUCACGGCGUUCCCCGGAUACUCUUUGGAUCCACUACAACAGUGACCACAAGUAAGCUGUAACUGAAGAUUAAUGACUGUAAGAAUGAGUUAUUUCAUAAGUUUUUGUGUAAUUUAAUAUACCUAGAACAGGAACCUUUUUAAUUUAUUUUUUUACAUAUUUUUGCAAAAUGUUAUCAAGAAUGUAGUAAGUGAGGAGAAAUAUAGAUGUCCUCUGGUUAAAAAAAAAAAAAACAUGACUGAAGACUUUUUGGUUCACAAUAUUUAUGCAUAAUUGAAAAAAAAACUCUAUGUACCGUUACAGUUCCAAAUAAAUAUGAACUCAGUUUAUGGGAAAGAAUUAUGACUAAGAACAAACAAUACAAGUUAAUGUUUAAUGUCUUUGUAUUUUUUACACAACACAUGAGAUAAAAAGUUAUAGUUUUGCAGGCUAUUAUGGGCCUAUAUUGUUCCUGCCAUGAUGGCUUGAAAAUCUGGAGUAAUUAAAGUCUGUGAAAGUGGAAAUGACCAACAGAUUCCUUUGCUGGGUCAGAUGCAGGAGACCUUUUCCCUUAAAAAUCACAGACACCGAUGGUAAAUCUGGAAAAAAUGGGGAAAUGCAAGGGUAGUUUGUGCUCUGAAACAUAAAAAUUUAACAACUCUACAUUUUUAUGCCAUCAGUACUGAUUAAUAGUACUGGGUAAAAUCACAAACUUACUGGUUGUAAUAUUACCUAAUAUAGUUUAAAUAAUAAUAAUAGUUAUUUUCUGUUUGAAAUUGUGUGCGUCCCCAGCAGCCCCAACAUAUCAGGAAAGUAGUAGACAAGUAGUAGUAGACAAUUCAGCCGCAUUUGCUGAGAUGGACACAGAACCCUUUCUGAAUUUUAACUUAAAGGGCUUUGUGCAAUUUUAGUAACUUUUUUAAAGGAGCACCAGAAAACUAGGAAAUAUAUAAAUACAAACAUUCCUCAUACAACAUCCCCUGUGCAGACCUGUUACACCUGUUAGUUUAUUAUUUUUGCCAUGCAGGUUGAGGUUUUGCAUCAUCACCGACAUGGAUGAAUGACAUAAAUACAGUGUACUGUAUAUGUGGUCUCUAUUGUAACUCUUACAAUAUUAAAAAGAAAUCUGUUUAUUAUUUAAAAUUGACUAAUGCUAGAUAUUUAAAAAAAUGAGCGUGUCAUCCAGUUUUGUGUGAAAAAUGUCUAUGGGUCCAGAAUUUUGGGCCAGGUAUAUUCCUGGCCAUGGUUCCUUUGCUAGCAACUAGGUGCAAUCUACAAUGUGGAAGUCUUUUUUAACACACUCAGUUGUCUAUACCACUUUAACCUGUGUACAGGGUCUCGGGGGCCUGGAGCAUAUCCCAUAAGACUUACAGUAGUGGACGUAGUGGGAUACACCCUGGACGGGGUGCCAAUUCAUUGUAGGGCACACACAUACACACAUUUGGUGGAAACACCAUUUAGCAUAAUCUGCAUGUCUUUGGACUGUGGAAGGAAACAGGAGUACCUAGAGGAAAGCCACCAAGCACAGGGAGAAAAUGCACUUCCAUGCACACAACUGUUUAUAAUAUUUUUUGACACGAAAUUAAACAUGAUUUAGUUUAAUUUUUACCAUGACCUGUCUGUUUUAUGUGUUUCUUUCAACCAUUUAUUAUUCUUUUGUUUAAAAACAACAAUGAACUUUACAAAGGUUGUAUAAGAAACACAUUCAACAUUUUCUGUCCUUGUACUGUACAUCUUCAUACAGAAAAUAACCCUGGACCACUUAGUUUAGGGUGAGAAAAAGUAUACGUUCCAUGAUAAAUCCAUGAUACAUUUGACCUGAGGGCCACACAAGGGUUACAGUUUUCAAACCACUUCAACUGGCAUCUUUCUCUUCGGAUGAAAAGUAGAAA